CUGAUAGGAAGUCUGGCUAAACUGCACCAUAAGCCUCGGCCAUCAUCAGUGUGUUUGCUGCUCCCUCAAUAACUGCACUUUACUAAACACUCAUCAACAGCAGAUGGUUGUUUUUACAUUGAGUUCCUGAACAAACAUGUGGGCCAGUUGGAAAACGUCUUUUGAUGGAGCUCUGAUGCAUUUUAAAUCAUUUUAGGAGAGAAAUGAGAGAGAAAAGCCGCUGAGCAGUGCUGGCCACGGCGGUGAUAGGUGAGGUUUGGAGGCUCCAAAAACAAAAUGCAGAGAGCAUCAGAGCUCUACAUGACUUGAAUAUGAAGAGACACAAGUCCGCUAUCGGCUCCAUUCACUGUCAGCCUUCAGCACUUCUCCCACAUGAUGUUUUGAGUGUUUUAUCAGUGAAGAGAAAACACAAGUGGCACGGCUUUCAGAUGCUCAGAGGAGCUACGGGCUGGGUUGAGUCUCCACGGUUCUCAUGGUGUGUUUAAGUGCAGCCUCCUGCUCCGAGCUCUUCAACAGUCCAGUCUCACUCUCGUGUUGUCGUGAAGAGGAACUAAACUUCAGGAGGAAAUGGCAGAAGAAGUAGCUCCAGUUCAAGCCGCCCCGGCGGCCAAAGCAGCCAAGAAGAAGGUCUCCAAACCGAAGAAGACUGGCCCCAGCGUCAGAGACCUCAUCGUUAAAGCUGUGGCCGCAUCCAAGGAGCGGAGCGGCGUGUCUCUGGCCGCCGUCAAGAAGGCUCUGGCUGCCGGAGGAUACGAUGUGGAAAAGAACAAGGCCCGCGUCAAGACCAACAUCAAGACCCUGGUGGUUAAUGGGACUCUGGUCCAGGUCAAGGGGACCGGGGCCUCCGGCUCCUUCAAGGUCAGCAAGCAGGCUGCAGAGAAGCCGAAGCCAGCCAAGAAAGCCGCUCCUAAAGCCAAGAAGCCCGCAGCCAAGAAACCCGCAGCCAAGAAACCCGCAGCGGCUAAAAUGCCGGCAAAGAAGUCGAUAGCCGCGAAGAAAUCCCCGAAGAAGGCGAAGAAACCCGCAGCGGCCAAGAAAGCAGUCAAGAGCCCCAAGAAACCAGCCAAGAGCCCCAAGAAGGCGACUAAGGCUCUCAAGGUGACCAAGAGUCCCAAGAAGGUGGUCAAAAAGGCCGCUGCUGUCAAGAAAGCUCCCGCUAAGAAGGUUGCCAAAGCCAAGAAAGCAGCACCCAAGAAGAAGUGAGCUGUUCUCAGUCUGAACAAACACUCCGACAAAAAGGCUCUUUUAAGAGCCACCCACAUCAUCCUUAAAGAGUGAUUACCUGUUAAUUAUUACUGUUGACAUUAACUGCAGACAUAAACAUAAUAUUAUAUUUGGAGCUAGGAGGAGAAAUAAACUAGGGCUUUUCACUUAUUUAUUA